AUGUCUCAACUCGCCACCACUGUAAGCAAACUAGAAGGUGCGAAAGGGAAGCUACCAUCCCAAACGGAAAUAAACCCAAGGGAGAAUGCAAGUGCAGUCACGCUAAGGAGUGGGAAGGUGUUGGAACCUGCAGUUCCUUCUAAAAAUCGGGCACAAGACAAAAUUGAUGAGGGUGAAACAAAGAAAGAGAAGUCGGUCGACGAGACAAAGGAAGACAUCAUUAACACUCCCAUCCAAAAGAUAGUCAUUCCUCCACCAUUCCCAAGUCGAUUCGCGAGAGCUAAGAAAGAGGAAGCGGAACAAGAAAUUCUCGAGACCUUCCGGAAGGCAGAAGUGAACAUUCCUCUACUCGACGCGAUCAAACAAGUGCCUAGAUAUGCUAAGUUCCUCAAGGAAUUAUGCACCAACAAGAGGAAGCUGAGUAAGGGCGAAAAAAUAAGUGUGGGGGAGAAUGCAUCGGCCGUCAUCCAAAGGAAAUUGCCACAAAAGUGCAAGGAUCCAGAACAGAUUUUUGUGCAGGAUGAGGUCGAUUGGGCAAUCCAACAAAUCAAGGAUUAUGAUGCCCAAUGGGAAGAAGAUGGAAGAGCAAAAGAUUCAAUUCAGCCUUUAAAAUCACUUAUAGAUGUGUCGAGAAGGUUUGAAAGUUCAGUUUUACCAUUAUCGACUUCCACCGAUCGGAUUCUCCCUUCUAUUGUGCAGGCCCCCAAGUUAGAAUUGAAGAAGGUUCCAGAGAAUUUGAAGUACGUUUAUUUGGGUGAAAAGGAGACCUUCCCAGUCAUCAUCUCAAAGGAACUAACAAAGAAAGAUGCACAACCAAAGCGAGACCCACAGAGGAAGCUUAAUCCAACAAUGAAGGAAGUCGUUAUGAAGGAAAUACUUAAGCUCCUGGACUUAGGAAUUAUCUACCCCAUAUCAGACAGUCAAUGGAUGCUUGAAAGGCUAGCUGAAAACUGCAUAGAAGUGUUCAUGGAUGAUUUUACAGUCUAUGGUGAUUCUUUUGAUCGUUGUUUAGCUAACUUGUCCAAGGUCUUGCACCGUUGUAUUGAGUCGAACCUAGUACUUAACUAUGAGAAAUGCCAUUUUAUGGUGACUCACGGUUUCUAUCGGCGAUUUAUAAAGGAUUUUUCAAAGAUAGCUCAACCAUUGUGUCAUUUACUUCAGAAGGACACUGAUUUUGUAUUCGGAAAGAAUUGCAGGGAAGCGUUCGAUAAGCUCAAGGAGCUCCUUACAUUAGCUCCAAUCAUCCAACCACCUAACUGGAAGCUCCCUUUUGAAAUCAUGACCGAUGCAAGCGACUACGCUGUAGGAGCUGUUUUGGGGCAACGAAUGGAUAAACGCAGCCAUGUGAUCUAUUAUGCCUCCAAAACCUUGGAUGCAGCGCAGCGCAACUACUCGACCAAAGAGAAGGAGCUUUUGGCCAUUGUAUUUGCAUUAGAAAAGUUUCGAUCAUAUCUGCUAGGAUCGAAAAUUGUUGUGUUUACUGAUCAUGCUGCACUUAAGUUCUUAUUGGCCAAGAAAGAGUCCAAACCUCGAUUAAUUCGUUGGAUCCUUUUGCUGCAGGAAUUUGACUUAGAGAUCAAGGAUAGGAAAGGAUAUGAGAACUUUGUGGUAGACCACCUGAGCCGACUUGUGUGA